AUGAUAAGAACUAAAUUGAAACAGUUUUAUCGAAAUAAUCAUUUAAGGACUAAGAAAUCUAUAAGAAUGGCAUCUAACAACUCAAACGUCAUUGGCUAUGCCGAAGACGAUGUUUUAUUCUCCAACAAGAAUUUAGCAAGGGUUAUCACGUUGAACAGACCUAAAAAGUUGAAUUCAUUGAAUACUUCAAUGGUCACAAAGAUAACUCCAAGACUUUUAGAGUACGCGAAGUCUAGUGUUAAUAAUGUGAUUAUUUUGACUUCGAAUUCUCCCAAAGGCUUGUGUGCUGGAGGUGAUGUUGCUGAAUGUGCUAAACAGAUUAAGGAAGGCAACCCAGGUUACGCUUCUAAUUUUUUUCAAAACGAAUACAACAUGAAUUAUUUAAUAUCUACAUAUUCGAAGCCUUAUAUUUCUAUCAUGGACGGAAUUACCAUGGGAGGAGGUGUUGGAUUGUCCGUCCACGCCCCAUUCAGAAUAGCGACAGAAAGAACUAAGUUAGCCAUGCCAGAGAUGGAUAUUGGAUUUUUUCCAGAUGUUGGUACUACGUUCUUUUUGCCUCGAUUGGACGAUAAGCUUGGUUAUUACUAUGCUUUAACCGGAGAGGUGUUAUCAGGGUUAGAUGCAUACAUGGCAGGUUUUGCGACCCAUUACGUCCCAUCAGAGCGCAUACCUCAAUUAGUUAAUAGAUUAUCUAACUUGCAGCCUCCUGUUGUGAAUGACAAACCAAAUGAUGCUUCUAUUUUGAAGAAUUCUAAGGAUUACUUUGCUCAGAUCAAUCAAGCAAUUGAAGAGUUCACUGAAACCAAAUUGCCUGAUGGAUAUACGUAUCCGCUCACUAAAGAGCAAAUAACGUUAAUUAAUAAUGCAUUCUCUCAGUCGUCUUUUGAGAAGGUUAUUGACGUUUUUGAUAAAGAUGGGUCCGAGUUUGGCCAGUCAGUGGUUAAGAAAUUGUCCACCAAACCUUUGUCAUCGCUCAAGGUAGGUUUUGAGCUUUUAAACCAUGGCUCAAAGAACACGAUCAAAAAGCAAUUGGAAUUAGAGUUAAUUGCUGCUACUAACAUUAUGAAUAUUAAGCCUGAAAUGAAUGACUUUGUCAAAGGUGUUUCUCAUAAGUUAAUCGAUAAAAUUAAGUCUCCUCCACAACCUAAGUGGAACACCGGUGAUUUAGUUUCCGAUGCUUCAAUAAAGAAAAUUUUGGAACCCUCUUUGUACACGGCGAAAUUAGAUCAGCCUUUUAUUCAAAAGUUUUUUGGAAUUGAUUAUAAGUCAUAUCCAUUUAAUAUGGGAUUACCGAGCAAUAAGGAUGUUGAAAAUUACAUUACUGGAAAUGAUGGCUCGGGUAGAUCAUAUUUGCCUACCCCAAGUGAAGUAGUUAAGUAUUUCAAGAGUAAUACGAACAACAAAUUAGGUUUAGAAAUGAAGCUUGAAAAGAUAUUAAGUAUUCACGGAGAGGCUUCCAAGUAUGAUGAUAAAUACGUCUCUUGGAAAAACUAG